CUAAGGCCUGAAGCGAGCCAGACUCCUCCCUCUGCCUGCAAAAAGGAGGACGCUAAACCUUCAGGUGAUUCAGGUGUGAGUCAGACUGGAGUGCAGACAGGAGACCGAGAGCUUCUUCUCAGCUGCUCACACAGAUUCUGCACAAAAAUGACUGAGGAUUGAAUCAAUUUCUUUUUUUUUCUCUUCGUGGAGACUUGAUCAGUCUUUCCUGUUUGGAUGAACUCUUCAGUCAGCAGAUUUAUGGUCUCAGAAUGAGUUGGGAUAAGCUCUACACCCUGUUGAAAGGUGUCGAGAAUCACUCCACCAGUUUGGGGAAGAUCUGGUUAUCUGUUCUCUUCAUCUUCCGGAUUACCAUCCUGGUUCUGGCUGCAGAGAAAGUUUGGGGGAGCGAGCAGUCGGACUUCAUCUGCAACACCCAGCAGCCUGGAUGUAAAAAUGUCUGCUAUGACCACUUCUUUCCUGUGUCGCACAUCCGCCUGUGGUGCCUGCAGCUCAUCUUUGUCUCCACGCCAGUCCUGCUGGUAACCAUGCAUGUCAUAUACAAACAACGAGAGGAAAGGAAGAGUGAGGAGUCUUCAGAUAGCACAGAAACUUCGCCCAAUACAGACUCUAAGGGGCAGAAGAAGGAAAAGCGUCAUCACAUCACAGGUCCUCUGUGGCUGACCUAUAUCUGCAGCCUGAUCUUCAGGCUCCUUUUUGAAGCCGGUUUCUUGUAUGUUUUGUACCUAAUCUAUAAUGGCUUCAAAAUGCCCCGACUUGUGAAGUGUGAACAGUGGCCUUGUCCUAACAUAGUAGACUGUUUCAUCUCCAAACCAACAGAAAAGACUGUCUUCAUAAUCUUCAUGGUGGCCUCAUCUGUCAUCUGCAUGAUGCUGAACCUGGCUGAACUUUGCUAUCUCCUGUUUAAGGGGCCUCACAAGACUUCAGAAACAAACAGUCGAGAAAACCAGGAUAAUGAGAGGAAUGAGAGGCGGGAGUUGUCUUCCAAAGGUUCGUCCAGUGAGGCAGUGCUGACGAGGUCCAUACAGGAGAGAAAUGGUCACUGUCAGUGUCAAAAGUUUGAUCCGCAUUGGUUUUAGUGUGAGCAGCAGACAGAAGUGUGCAUACAUGGUGCCUCCUCAAUCUGAUUGGUCUAAAAGUUUUCCAACACUCCAGUAGAUCCAUAAGAACAGGUUAGAGAAGCAGCUUCUUCCCAGACGGUUACACCGAGACAUAAACCAGCAACUUUCUGAUCAAAAGUGUGCUCAGAGAUACAGAGAAGUCUAUACAGGCAUCCAGUUGUGAGACUGAAACAUCCUACAGCAGGAAGCGACUUCCUCACAGUCUCAGUUC